AUGUCGUAUUACUCUUCUUACACACCUUCUUGCGACCACUAUGUUACAAGAGGCUUUUUCGAGAAGGAAUAUGUAUGCGUCUCAGAUGCAACAUGGGCAUUCGUAGGUCCUGUUCCAUAUGGUUUCAUACUUCUUUUCGUUGUUCCAUGGGUAAUUAAUAUAAUACUUUGGCUCAUUGCAUAUUGCAAGAAUCGCAAAGUUCAUGUCCCAUUCUGGUAUUUAAUAAUAAGCAUGCUUCAAAACGUUUUGCUUGCACUAAUUGUAUGGGGUGUAUUGCAUAUUGCAUUAGAAGGUAUGGGCCCAUAUUUCGCCGCAAUAGGUUUUGGAGUCAUUGGUUUAAUUGCCUCAAAUGUCAUGCCAUUAUUGUUGAGUAGUACAGUUCCAAUUGAUGGAAAAACCAAAGGACUCUUUUUAGUCAGAGUACUUUUAUUCAAAGAAUUUUGCAAAUGCUGCUGCGCUCUCAGAUUAAAAAUGAUGCCAAAGCAUUGCAUAAUGAAAGAAGAGAAAGUUUCAAAGCUUCGUGAUAGAAUUGCUGGCAACCCACCCAUUCUAAUGAUCCGUAUAAAGAACGGUUUUGCCAAUCACAGAGUCGGCUUUUGCCUUAAUGAACCUCUUAAAUAUGGAUCCUGGGAGGGUAAUGAUGACCUUAAUCUAGACAUAGAUGGCGGAAUCACAAUUGUUAAAGUUAAAACAGAAUUAGAAGUUUCUGAAGAAGUCCAUAACUAUUUCAAUCUGGCAAAGCAUGAAUACUUCAAGAAAUUGCGUGCUCUCAAUACUACAAUGGCUAUGAUGAGUCGUAGAGGUAACACCACCGCAGUUUGGUUAGGCGAUCCAGAAGUUGAACUUGCAGCAGAGAUCUACAAGGUGCCAAAUCACUUCUCAGCCUGCGGCAAAAGCGCAUACGUCAAGUUCAUGAACUCUGGCUUUGGAAAAUUCCUUUACGGAUUGUUUAUGAUUUUCGGAUAUUCAAUUUUCUUUGAUAAUCUCUUCAUCAUAUUGGCCAAGUACAAGAAGAUCACUGUUAAAAGGAAAGUUUCUCACGACGGAUCCUUAAGAAUCCCAGCUUACAAACCAAAUACACAAUUUUCACAGGAAGAGUACACAUCUGAAUCAUUAAACUACGGUAUGAUGGCUAACCAGAAUGCAGCCUACUUACAAAUGUACAGUGCUGAAAUGCAAAGGAAUCAGUACAACAAUCAAUACUCAUUUGCACCUUCACCUUAUGGCUCAGAUUUCCAGCUUGCAUACGGCGCUCCACCACAACAGGGAGCUUAUCCUCCCCCACAAGGAUAUCCGAAUUAUCAGAUGCCACCUCAACAGGGAGGAUAUCCACCACAACAAGGAGGAUACCCACCACAAGGAAAUUACCCACCACCUCAAGGAUAUCCACCUCAACAGGGAGGAUAUCCACCACCACAACAAAAUUAUGCAGCUCCUCCUCCACCACCUCCUCGUCAGCAAAAGUCAGAAACUAAGAAUGAGAACGAGUAA